AUGGCAUUGUCCUUUCCUCGCGGGCUGGGCCCAGUGAGACUCCUGAUCGUCUUCCUUGUCCUCGUCUCUCUCCUGGUAUUCCGUUCUUAUUACCUCCCUGAUCCCAACGCACAGUCUGAAAGCGGCCUGGCCUCGUCGUCAGGACCUUGGUGGAGGAGCCAAAGCUCAAGUACGCUCCCCGAGGACACCGACGUCGACCUCGAAGAUGGUUAUUAUGAAUUCGACGAAGAUCCGGCCUCCCCGUCAGCAGUCGACGGUACCACGGUGUGGGACCCAGAGCAAGAACCAGAAGAAGAGCCAGAUGAAGAGCCAGAUGAAGAGGAGGAGCCCGAGCCCGAGCCUGAGAAGCCGAAAACGGGGCCUGCCUACUCCUCGGGACCCAAAGUUCCCUUACACCCCUCUAUUCCUGUACACGCUUCCGAGCCGCAUAUUCCACCGUGUCGCCAGCUACCAGGCGCAGACAAGGUCGUGGUGAUGGUCAAAACUGGCGCUACCGAAGUAUUCGUCCGUAUUCCUGAGCUACUGGUCACCCUUGCAGAAUGCGCACCCAACUUCAUGAUCUUUUCCGACAUGGAGCAACACAUCGGAGAGUUCCAUAUUCAAGAUGCUUUGGACGAGAUCGGGCGAGAGUACAAGGAGGGUCACGAGGACUUCCAGUUCUACAACGCCAUUCAUGCCGCCCAUCACGCACAUGGCGACGUGAGUGUGCUUGGAUCCGACAAAGCCUGGGCCUUGGACAAGUGGAAGAAUAUUCCAAUGCUCCACAAAGCCUACGUGAAAUAUCCCCGUGCCGAGUGGUUUAUCACCAUAGACGCCGACACAUAUCUCAGCUGGGCCAAUCUACUUCUCUUGCUCGACCGCAUGGAUCCGGACGACCCGCUAUAUGCAGGCUGUGUCUACUGGCAUGGGCCAACCGCGUUCGCUCAAGGCGGUACUGGCUACCUACUCUCGCGCAAAGCUGUUCAAAGAUUUGAAGCUAUACGAACACCUGAAAAAAUCGCCGACUGGGAGAAGGAGACGUCGACAAUCUGCUGCGGUGAUGUUAUGCUUGGGGUUGCAAUGGGCCAUGCCGGAGUCUCUGUGAGCGGUGCUUGGCCAAUGUUUCAAGUUGACCCGCCAUCGAGCUACCAGUGGGGAGACCGCACGUGGUGCACACCGGCCAUUACCUGGCAUCAUGUCCACUCAUACGAGGUCGAAGCCCUCUGGCAAUUUGAGCAGGAGUGGCUCAACAAGACGUGGGAUGACGAAGACCCUGGCGCGGUUCCAUACCUGUUCAAGGACGUCUUUGAAGAUUUCGUUGUCCCACACAUCUCCGAGAAGAAGAAAGACUGGAAUAACGGCUCCGGGGACAAGACAUUCACAGAGCCCAGAGAGGGUCACGUCAAGGAAGACGCCGAUUGGGACUGGAAGAAUGACGAAGAGAAACAGAAGAUGUGGGACGAUCUCUCCGAGCUCGAGAAGGGUUCCGUUGAGUCGGCCGACAAAUGCCGUGAGGUGUGCGAAUCCGAUCCAGAAUGCGUACAGUUCUCCUGGCAUCCCGGGACUUGCAAGCUGAGCCACUCCAUCAAGAUGGGCCGCCCUGUCGAUGGCAAAGAAGAGUACAUCUCGGGAUGGAUGCUGGAGCGGGUCGAGGAGUUCAAGAACGCGAGAGGAGAGUGUGGUGAAAUCUCGUGGCAGAUCGGCUGA